AUGUGCCAGGGCGCGCCGCCCGCAGACACGGCGGGCGAGGCAGCGGAGCCCAAGGCCGCCGCCGCCAGCACGGCCGCUGCUGACGGCGCGGCGGCAGGCGGCACGGAGCAGCGGUCGGCUGCUGCCGCCGCGGCGCAGGCGCCCGCCUCUUCCUCGCAGCAGGACGGCUCCCAGCUGCCGGCCAGCCUGCUGCAGCAGCAGGGCUCCAAGCAGUCGGCCGGCAGCGGCGGCAGCGGGCGGCGGGGGCGCAGCAGCGGCGCGGGCGCCGCCAAGGAGGACGGCGCGGUGGUGGUGGCGGGUCGGGAGGUGGUGGGGCGCCAGGUGGCGGUGUGGUCGCCGCGCCUCAGCGACUGGCCCAAGGCCGGCAUCGCGCAGUACAACCCCGCCACCCAGCAGCACCUGGUGCGGUACCUGGAGCGGGCGCAGGGCGCGGUGAAGCACCAGGAGGAGUGGGUGCACCUGGCGCGCAGCCGCUUCCAGUGGCUGUCAGACCCGCCCCCCGGCGCCGCCGCCAACCCCACCUACGCCUGCGCGCCGCGCGGCGACGACGCCGUGCACUGGCGGGUCAAGGUCUUCUGGCCGGGCAUGGCCAAGUGGUAUGUGGGCAAGGUCACCUCCUUUGACCCCAAGUCCAAGAAGCACAGCGUGCGGUACCGCGACGGAGACACCCAGGAGCUGCACCUGCGCCACGAAGCUAAGGCUGCGGGUGGCGGCGCCAGCAAGGGCGGCGGCGCCAAGCGUGCGCGCGAGGGCAGCGCCGCGGGCGACGAGGUGACCAGCGGCAGCGAGCGCAAGUGCAAGAGCCAGAAGGGCGGCGGCGCCGCUGCGCGCGGGCCCGGCGGCGGCACGCCCGUGGCCCCCCCCGCCACCGCCUCCCCCCCCAAGGAUGCGGUGGCGGGCAGCCACGAGGCGUCUGGCGUGAUGAUGGGGGACAGCGAGGAGGGGCAGGUGGACAGCGAGGGGGGCAUGGCGCCCAGCGACGACCUCAACUACUCAUCGGGCAUGGAGAGCGAGGAGGAGGAGGAGGAGGAGGAGGACUUGGGGUCUGAGGAGACGAUCAAGGCUGCGGGGGCGGGCAUCGUGGGCGCGCGCGUGGCGGUGUUCUGGCACGAAGAUGAGAGCUACUACAAGGGCAAGCUGGUCCAGUUUGACGGCUACCACAAGCGGCACAAGGUGGCGUACGACGACGGCGAGGAGGAGUGGGUGUCGCUGCCGCGGGAGGCCUUCCGCUGGCUCACCCCGCGCGCACGCUCCGCGGGAUGCACCCCCGACUUCCGCCACCUCAUGCACCAGCUGGGCGCGGAGGAGUGCGGCGGCGGCGGCGGCGGCGUGGCCACGCGCCGCCAGGCGCAGGCGGGGGCCGGCGGCGGCGGCGGCGGCGGCGGCGGCGGCGGCGGCGUGGACCGCGAGAAGCUUGAGGAGUCGGCGGCGGCGCGGGGGCGGCGGCGGGGCGGCGACGAGAGCGACCCCGAUUACGAGGCGUUCGAGUACCGGCCUCGCGCCCAGGUGCCGCGCCGCCCCUUCCACCGCAUGAUGUCGGAUGGGCUGUCCCCCGCGCCCACGCCGCUGGCGGGGCUACACCCUUGGGACCUGGCCCUGGGGGCAGAGGCCUCGCUGGCGGAGAGCGGCGGCGGCGGCGGCGCCCAGCCGCAGCGCUACCCCUCCUCCCCCCACCCGCGCACGCUGGGCACGCUGGGCACGCUGGGCACGGGCGGCGCCCCCGCGCCGCAGCACCUGGGCCAGCCAGUGGUGGUGCGCCAGAUGGGGCGGGUGGCGGCCCUGGGCUGCGGCCCCGGCGGCGGCGUGGCGCUGCCGCAGCCCAUCACAGUCCGCAUCUACCUGUCUGGCGCCUCCUCCCCCAGCACCGGCAGCGCGGCGUCGGCGGGCACGCAGGCGCAGCAGACGAUCGUCAAGGGCGUGCCCACGCCGCUGCCCAGCCGGCGGCAGGUGGAGGAGGUGGCGGCGGCGGCGCGCGGCGGCCUCACCUCCCCCACCGCUGCCGCCCGCCUGCUGGGCUCCAGCCACGCCUCGGGCCUGCACCGCCUGGCGCGCGGAUCGGCCGCCAACUUCUCCCCUUUCCACCACAAGCGCCCUCACCCGGCGGACUCAGAGGCAUCCUCCAGCGAUUCGUCCGAGGACGAGGGGGAGGAGGAGGAGGAGGGUGACACAGGGGCGGACUCUGCCGAAGCGCGGCAGCGGUGCGGCGGCGGCGGCGGCGGCGGCGGCGACGCGCGCGCCGGCGGCGACGCCAUGCCCCUGUCCCCUCGCUGCAUCCCUAAAGGCGCCAAGAUCAAGCCUGGGGCGGAGGCUGAAGAGCAGGAGGGGGAGCUGUCGGACGCGAUGCUGCAGGCGCCGCCCGCGCUGGGCCAGCAGAGCCCCGCCAUCCUGUCGCCCUUCAAGCCCGCCCCCGCCUGCCCGCCCGUGACCGGCGGCGGGCUGGACGGCGUGGGCGGGCUGGCCGGCCUGCUGCCGCCGCCGUUGCCGCUGGGCGGGGGCGGGGAGGAGGGGGAGGGGGUGGGCGGCCUGCCCGCCAUGCCUCACAGCGCCAGCCUGGGCAUGGAUGCGCUGAUGAUGAUGGGCAUGCCGCUGGCGGCGCUGCCGCGGGGAGACUCCAUGGCUCACCUGCUGCCGCUGUCGCGCAGCGCGUCGGGCAUGCUGGGAGGCACCGGCUCCGGCCUGCUGGGCCUGGACGACGGCGGCGGCGGCGGCGGCGACCUGCUGGGCGGCCUGCCCGCCAGCACGGCCAUGGAGCUGGAUGCGCUGCAGCCGGAGGAGGCAGACGGCGUGGCGGCGGCGCAGUGA